AACAUAGCUGGACCGCCACUCUAAUUAAAAUUUCUGGCAUAUUGAGGCACUAUGGUUGUUGAACCAUAAGCAUGAUGCUUCAUUUGCUAAUAUUCUGCCUUACACUUUUUAUCCUGCUCUAUUGGAUUUUGCCAGCGGGCAUAAGCUGGUUCUUGGUGAAGCGCUUUCGGGUCAGAGUACGCAUUGGUCGGAUUUCGUUGCCCUACUUGUCGCUCAAGAAUGUUAACAUCCAGAAGAGUGGAUUCGGUGUACAAAUCGAGGAAGUGUGCCUACGCAGCAGUUUCUUCACAACCGAGGUAACCAAGCUACUCUCCAUCUAUAUCCGGGACAUACGCAUCAACAAGGACAUACCGAGACGACACAAUGAGGACUGCGAUGAUUUCUUUGAGACCCUCAAGCCGCACAGGGUCAAAGAGGCCAAGGGCGUGCCUGAUUUUCGAGAAUCCAAGGUUCCAGCGAGUAUCAUAACCUUUGCCCAGUUUAUGGCCGUGCACAUAAACAACAUUUCGGUGGUGCUGAUGAACAAUGAUUUCGAUCCGGGUUGGUUCAUUCAUGCCACAGCCAAGGAGCUACAUCUAGACGGAAGCAUUGUGCAGAACGCCCGAGUUCUGCUGGUCAAUGCUGCCCUGAGUGAGGCCCAGGCCAAAAUGCUAAGGCACUGCAGUUCCCGUCGCCAGUCGCUGGAGAAUCUCAACAAGAUUCGGCCGUGUCUGGGCGAGGUGAGCUUUGACGUGACCUUAGAUGCGUCUCUCUUUGCUCAGGGACCUCUAUCAAUGGAUACUCUGAGUCUGGUUAUCAACAACGCGAAAUCUGUGAUACACGGAGGAUUGUAUGACUUCCUCAGUGAGGCCAAGGAAAGAACAACUCCCGGCCAGCCGUCCAAGCGCCUGCAGGACGCCUUCAAGCCGACCAAAAACGCUGCCUAUGACAAUGACAACUACGAGAAACUGGCACCGAUUAUACCAAAGAACUUUAAUUUCAGCAUCAAGGCGGCCACAUUUUCGGCCGUCAAGGAGAACUCGCAAAAUGAUUUCAGUGCAAAGCUGCAGUUGUUUCACAUUACGGGUAAAUUUAAUUCUAAUGUGAGGGAUGAAAAGACUUUGCUGCCAUCAAUGCUGGCCAAGCUGGUGUUCAAACAUUUGGACAUUGAUACCAAAUAUGAAAAGCUUUUGUUCGUCGAGCAGUUCACCAUAGACUCUGUGCUGGAGGAAGACAUCUUCAAUUUGUAUGUGAAGCUAAAGACAUUCCAAAUCAUCUACAACCACAGCGAAAUCUAUGACUUUGUCAACAACAAUUUCCUGGCCCGCCAGCGCUCCAGCAAUCAGCAGCAUCUGCAUCCCCUGCAGCUAAUGCACAAACAGAAGUCCUUGCCCGAUCAUCUGUACCUGGACAAGGCAGCGGAGAGCUGCCUGCGAGAGAAGCAGCGUCGCGACGGCGAGAGCAGUGGCGUACUCGAGUGGAUUAUGCAGCGCAUUGUGGUCAAAGGCUGUGCGGAGCUGUUCAAUGUGUCGCUGCUAAUGAAGCUGGAGGACGAGCACAUAGCUAUGAGCGUGAGCCAUACGCGGUUCCUACUAGAACAGAUCGAGGAGAAGCGCAGCUCUUUCUAUGGCAACAAGUUUCUAAAUCUGCUCCUGAAUCAGCGCCAAUGGAGCAUGGAGCUGAUGGUGGAGACGCUCUGGUCCAAUCUGGGCAACUCCAUCAACGACACGAACAACUUAAAGAAGACCCAUUCUCCGGGCUCCCCGUUCUUUCUGGGCGUGAGCCUCGUGAAGCUCUGCUCCUAUGCAAACACCACCAAACUGGACAUUUCCGUGCACACCUUUCGCACAGAAUACAGCAUGCAAUUGGCGGAGUUUGUGGUAAAGUCCGUGCAAUGCCUACGGCAGUACAGGGGAAUGGAACCAAAGAGAUCUCCCAAGCAGCAGUCCCAGCAAAUACGAGUGCAUCAGUCCCUUCCUGAGCCAUCAUCUACCUCGCUGCGCGUCUCUGUUAAGGUCAAGGAUAUUACCGCCUAUUUUGUGAACCAUCACAAUGUCUACAUGCUGCUCAGUUUCUCGGAAAUCAACCUGACGCGGUCGCAGCUCUUUACCACGCUCAAGCUUGAGGAAUUCCAAAUGGCCAUCAUGCGUUCCAUGACCGCCUCUUCGUUGUGCCUCACCGAUUUCUCGGACGUGUUUGCCACAUGCAAGAUGAUACGUCUGGAGCAUGAACAAGUGGAAGGGACGCUGGGCAAUCUGUCCAUUUAUAUAUCCGGCAACACGGAGGCCAUGUGGAUCUCGAAUCUGCACAUGCAUUUGCUCACCUUGGUGAGGGAUAUGAAGGAUCUUAGAGCGCUUUUCUUUUCUGCAUAUGAUUUUUUGCUAUUGAUUUACCUGAACAGGCUCCUGAAUCAUCAUGUUUAGUUUUGUUUUGGGAAAACUUAUUUGGAUCGAGUCAAUUCUAGGAUUCCGCUUUGUGGCUGCGGCUCUAAUUUUACAAUAAUUCAAACAUGCAGUGUAUAAAUCCAAAAAAUUGUCAUGUCGCCACUUGCACACGCGUUGCAAAUUUUCCAACAAUAUAAGGGAAAAGAAAA